AUGGGAAUUAAAGGCCUUUUGCCGUUUGUGGAGAGAGCUUGUCGACCUGUAAGUUCUUUUACUCUGUAUAUUUUGUUGUUUAGAGCCAUGUCCAAGAAUUUAAGGGGAAACGAGUAGCUAUCGAUGUAAGCUGCCUUCUUCAUCGGGGAGUUUUUGGUUGCGUCGAGAGUAUUGCUCAAGGCUUAAAAACGGAUUUGUGAGUUAAUAAAAAAGUUAAAGUGACUUUUUUAGUUGUAUGAAAUACGUUGAGAAGUAUCUGAAAGUAUUCUUUCACUUCGAAUGUGAAGUUUACUUGAUCUUUGAUGGGAAAAGGCUCCAAGCAAAACAAGUGGGUUGUGUUUUUUUAUUAUUGUACAUAUUUUAGAUUGUUAAUGAUGAAAGAAAAGAAAAAAGAGAUAGCAUCAAAAGAACUGGAGAAGAAUUAAUGUCUGUUGGUCUGGAGAAUGAAGCUUAUAAAGUGUUUCGUCAAGGCAUUGGAGUUCCCAAGGAGAUUCAAGACGAUGCCAUCACAUACUUCACAUCUCUAGAUACUGUUAACGUGAUGGUUUCUCCUUAUGAGGCGGAUGCUCAGAUGGCCUUUAUGAUUCAGAACAACAUCGUCGAUGUAGUUGUUACUGAAGACUCUGAUCUGAUUGUGUUUGGAGCGUCAAAGGUAAUUUACUUUUCCUUGUCUAUUUCCAGAUUUAGAUUAUAUUCAAAUUGAAAGAAAACGGCGCUUGUCUUCUCUUUGAACAAACAAAAUUACCCAGAUGUCUUUGUCCUGCAUUAGCCAAGAACUUCAAGUUGGAGACGUUCAGAAGGAUGUGCAUUAUGAGUGGUUGUGAUUAUCUUCCCUCCGGUCUGAAUGGCGUCGGACUCAAAAAGGCGGAGGCAGUUUUAUCCAAGACUUCUAUUACGGAUAUCAAAAUAGUAAGUGUAUUUUGAUAUCCGUAAGUAACUUUAUGUGGUACGUGUUUUAGUUGUUGCGAAGAGUUCCUUCACUUUUGAAUAACCGAUCGAUCAAGGUUACCCCAGACCUCAUCGAGUCUUUCAUACAAGCUGAGAAGACUUUUAUGUAUCAAAUUGUCUAUGAUCCAUUGUGAGUAAUCGGCGGUUUUAAGUAUUCUUGCAGGAUGAAAUGUCAGCGACCCCUUAACUUUUAUCCCGGUACAGUCGAGGAGGAUUACCGGAAUGUAAGUUGACAUUCAUAUUUCACUGAUUCUCUCAGUACACGCCAUCAAUGUUGGAAAUAGCGAAUGAAUACGAGUUUGCUGGAACCAUUGCAUCUCCAUCCGAAGCGGAGCAAAUGUCCAAGGGGAUUCGUAAGGACUCUGUUGAUUGUCCUGAGUCAAGUACACAGGAGGUUAGCACUCCGAAGAACCGUGUUCUAACCUCGUCACAAACUGUCAACAUUAAUAUCAACUCCCAGUCUCCGAGGCUAGUCUCUCCGAAGAUCUCUUCCCUCAAAUUACCCUUAAGACCGUCAUCCCAGCCUCUUCAAACCUCCUCGAGUUCAAUCAACUACAAUAUGAAAAGAUCUCGGUCCUCAGGAAUGUUCUCCCCAAAGGUGACAAAACGGCGAAUAACGAUUGA